AUGGGUGAUUAUCCAGAUCCUGAUGAAGAAUACGAGUUAAUGUACGCAGAUGAACUGGCAAUGCUAAGAGAAGAUGAGGAUCAUGCAGAGCCCAGCGUGGUGAAAAAGAAACCCUUACCAGCUAAAAGAAGUCUUGAUUUCUCCAGUCCAGUAGCCAAGAAGCCAGUUACAAGUAAUUUUGCAAACAAUGCACCGGAUGUUAUCACAAAUUCUGGUGUUACGGAGAGCACAGACAUUUCACUAACUCCUAACUUACAACCAUUAGAGGAAUUCACCCAAGUUUCUAAUAAGAGAACUGCAGAUGAACUGUUUGGGGAUAUUGGAGAUAUAGACUUCAAUGAAGUAGAGUUACCAAGUAAACGACAGAAGACCGAAGAAGAGACUGAUUUAGAAUUAAUUGAGAAGAUUCUAGAAGGAAGGAGGUUGAAACAGAUUUUAUUGGAGCCCAGUGGACGCACACUGGGUGGUAGAUCUAGAUAUAAUGCUAAGGAUAAUAUGUCACUGGAUAUACCAAGAUGGCCAUUUGUAGCUCUCUCAAACUCAGAUGGUGACCGUGUGUAUGUGAGGAUAGAGUCGGAGGAGGACUGGGAGAGCUCCUUGGAUAAAGGAAUGGAACAGAUGUCUCUACAUACCUCAUAUGCCAGUACCUGGGUGGAGGCUCGGAAGAUUUUGGAAGACAAGCAGCAGAAGGUAAUAUCAGAAGAAGUGGCUACACAACCGCUACCAGAUAUAGACACAGAUGUCAAUGGUAACAUGCUGUGGGUGGACAAGUACAGGCCGCAGUCCUACUUUGAGCUGUUGUCCGAUGAGCCUGUCAACAGGGCUCUACUGCAUUGGCUGCAUUUGUGGGAUAAGAUAGUUUUCAAGAAAGAAGUAAAGACUAAGGAGCCACAGCAGCGUACAACGUUCAGUAAGCGCGCUGGGCAGUUCCAGCUGACCAACAAGUGGAAGGGGAAGAAGGAGGAGCAACCGGAACUGGACGACGACGGCAGGCCGCACCACAAGGUGGCGCUGCUGUGCGGCCCGCCCGGCGGCGGGAAGACGACGCUGGCUCACUUGUUGGCUAGGAUAGCCGGCUACAGACCGGUAGAACUGAACGCGUCAGACGAGCGCAGUACGGACGCGUUCCGCAACGCGUUACAGAGUGCCACGCUCAUGAGAUCUGUACUCGACGCGGAGAAACGACCCAACUGCUUGAUAUUAGAUGAAAUAGACGGCGCCCCACUUCCUACAGUAGAGCUAUUGGUUCGUUGGUGCACGGCCACUGUAACUGAGGGCAAGAAGAAGGCCAAGCAACAACCUUUGAAGCGACCUGUCAUUGCGAUAUGUAAUGACUUGUAUGCCACCUCGCUUAGGCCUUUGAGGCCGGUGGCGCUGGUGGUACACGUGGGCGGGGUGUCCGCCAGCCGGCUGUCGUCCCGGCUGGCGGCCGUGUGCGCCAAGGAGCGGCUGGCCGUGGGCGCGCACGUGCUGGGGGCGCUGGCCGCGCGCGCCGCGGGCGACGUGCGCGCCGCCAUACUGCUGCUCAGCUUCAUCAAGGCUAGGGCCAAGGCACAGCUCAGUAUGGAUGAUGUAGAGAACGUAGCAAUCGGAACGAAAGACUGCAACAAGAACAUAAUGCAAGCGCUGCAGAGUAUAUUCACGACCAACGACAGGGAGCCAGACGCCAUACUCAAGACUAUACAGUCUGCUGGGGAGUAUGACAGACUAAUAGACGGUAUAUUCGAGAACUACCUGUCAGGCCGAGUGGACGGGCGCCUCGUGUUGGCGACGGAGACCGUGUCGUGGCUGCAGCAGUACGACGUGCUGUCCGCGUGGACGUUACGGCAUCAGAACUACUCGCUCUAUGCAGCGUUGCCGCUCUGCAUCGCACGUUGCCAUUCUUUGCUGGCCACCAGAACACCGAUGAGGGUUAAGUUCCCUUUGCAAGCGCAGGAGAUGUACCGCAAAAAGUUAGAGAUAGAAAGUAUAGUCUCGUCCGUGCUCCGCGGCAGUGCCCCGUCCGUGAGCGUCAGUAGACUGGCGCUAGUACUCGACGUGUUGCCACUACUGCCGUAUCUACUCGCGCCCAAUCUCAGGACUGCUAACGUACAGCUAUGCAGCGCCAGCGAGCGCCAGUCGCUCCGUACAGUGGCGGGCGCCAUGUGCGAGUACGGGCUGCAGUACGUGCAGCGCCGCGCGGCGGACGGACUCUACGUGCACGCGCUCGAACCUGACAUAUACAGGGCCGCCUUCUUUGGCACUGAGGAGAAGGUGCGCCUGACUCCAGCGAUCAGACAGGCGAUAGCGCGGGAACAACAGCUCGAAGUUAUCAGGCGGAGUGAGGAAAUGGCAAGUAGAGUACCAGCAAGAUCUAACGCAACGAGCACACCAGCUAAGAAAUCAAGCAGUACCACAGAUACAAAAGAGCCAUCGACAACCAAAGACAAGGAGUUGCCCCUACCCAACCAUUUGCAGCGGUUACAGCCUAAAGUGGUCAAGAAGAAUACUCCACAGGUACAUAAAGACUUCUUCGGCCGUAUCGUCCCUCUAUCACAAGUACAAAGAAAUGAUCCAGUGGCCGACGUGAUAUCUUCAAGCAGUGUGUUCUAUCACUACCAAGAAGGCUUCAACAACGCCGUGAGGAGAAACGUACGAGUGCGGGAUUUACUGUAA